GCGGCGGAGGUAUAUAAGCCCUCCAGCCGCCACCGACAGCACCAGUGACCGGCGUGGUACACCGCUGAAAACGACUAACCCGGCUCCGACAAUCAUGAAGGUGGCGCUGUUGACCGUGCUCGUGGUGGCAGCUGUCUCGGGCCAGUACCCGGCGGCCCCGACCGCUGCUGGGUACAAAGGUACCCCGUCCGCUGCACCUGCCCGGUACCAGUCACAGGCCGGGCCGGCCCAGUACAGCUACCAGUGGGCUGUGGACGAGGAGGCUAACCGGUACCAGCACCGCGAGAGCCGCCAGGACGUCAGCGCCGAGGGCUCGUACUCGGUGGCGCUGCCGGACGGCCGCGUCCAGACCGUCACCUACACCGUAAACGGAGACGGCGGCUACGUGGCCGAGGUCAGCUACGAGGGCGAGGCGCGCUACCCGGAGACCCAGCCGGGCCGGUACCAGGGCGCCGGCCACACCGGGAGCUACGCGCCCCGUCCGGCGACGCCCGCCGCUGCCCGCCCGGCGGGUCGGUACCAGAAGCCCGCCCGGUACCCGGCCCCGGCCAGGUACCCCGCCCCGGCCGCCGCCCGGUACCCAGCUCCGGCCAGCACCGCCACCCCCAGCACUAACCACGCCUACAAGCCGACCAGCGCCCCCGCCGCACCGCCCAAGACCAGGUACUCCGCCAGCAAGCAGGUCAGCUCUCCCAGUGAGGAGUACGGAGCGCCCCUGACCUCCUACCCUGCCUUCAACCCAGCCAGCACCCCCAGCGAGGAGUACGGAGCUCCCCAGGCAUCCUACCCUGCCUUCAACCCAGCAAAGACCCCCAGCAAGAAGUACGGAGCUCCCCAGACCUCUUACCCUGCCUUCAACCCAGCCAGCACCCCGAGCGAAGAAUAUGGAGCACCUCAGGCCUCCUACCCUGCUUACAAGACGGUCAGCAUUCCCAGCGAGGAAUACGGAGCACCAGUCUCUAACUAAGCAUUGUGCUAUGAAAUGAUAAUGUGUUGGACCAGUGCAGUCAACGAACCACCUCAUUACUCCCUUAUAACGUAGUGUGUAGAAUGUAUCCGUAUUUAUUCGUUAUAACUUUAAUAUAUUGUAACUGCAUGUCAUUAGAAGGUGUUUAAAGGGUACCACAGCAAAACCUACUGACGAAAUACCCCGAAAAACAUCUUAGAUAACUUCAAUGGCGUAAGCUGGCUAUGAAUCUCCGGAGCGUGCCAUCCGGCACAGUAUCCCUCCAGGCGCCCACUACUAGCGUCAUCUACGGGCAGAAACUCUAAACAAAGCACAGUUGAAGAUUUGAAGCAAUUUGGUGCAAACUACUUGAGGCUAUAGCAAGCAAUACGAGGAGCGUAUUCAAUAUUGCGCUACUGAACUAAUAAAAAGAGGCGAGUCAUACCUUCAGGUAAUUAUGGUUGUUGCCGCGUACUUAGUGUUAUAUUCAGUCUCAGAAUAAAACCACAUACAAAUCGCGGUUUCAGAAAUCAGAAUCAGAUCGAAAGUCGUCGUCGAUCUGGAAUGACAAGAAAGUUAAUACAAUCCAUUGGUAGAGGAUUGGCGCAUAAUUACCAUGAAAUUGUUCAUGAAAGGAAACAUUUCAAGGUCAAUCAAUCAAUCAAAUCAAAAAUUUAUUGAAAACCAAUACAAUUCAAAAUGAACAAUAUUUAUGAGCGAUUGGUGCAAAUGCUAACGCAUAAAUCAAAGCACCUCUCGCAAAAUAACAAAAAGACACAUCCAUGUCUCCGACCGCCGACACAGGUCCAGUCUCACCACCUCAACCAGCUGAUCGAGACGCACAGCCCGGCCGCGCCGACCACGCCCGCCGCGCCACAGUCAGACAGUUAACGCACGUUGAAACGUUUCGAUUCGAACAGGAAUCGUUGGAACAAGCGAGCGACCUCACUCCUCUCGCCGGUGCUAAGAUUUGUGCCGUGUAGAAGAAUGCGUAUUUGCAUGUGUUGUGGUAUUUGAGAAAAAUCAUAGUGGAGCAUAUUGGAUAUCGAUUCAAAUAAAUUGGCUCUGUAGAGUUGAUAUAGACUACAGUGUAAAACAAAAUGAUUCGUUGUUUCUGGAACGUCACCGCAGCUGCAGAAAGGUGUCGUAGAUUUCUGAAUAGAGAAUAGGUGGGCGUUAAGCUCUGACAUACCAACCCUGAGUUUCGUGUGCAUAAUGUUUCCUGUCUUAGUGCCCAGUGAAUAAUACACCGGUGGAGUCCGAGCACCGAGCCACCGGAGCACUUCACGCUUGAAAGAUACAGGCGAUGUGAUCGUACGGAGGGAUUCGGGAAGUUUGUUCCAGUCUCUGGUAGUGACAGGAAAAAAGGACCUUUGGUGAAGAGUGGUUUUGUUGGGAGGGAGUGAAAGUGUGCUUGCGUUUCUAAGUGUUCGCCUUGUUUCUUGUUGUCGAGUUCUUGGAAGAGUCGAUACAAUGUAUUCUGGUAGUCUUGGGUCA